AUGUCUUUCUGUCAAUUUUUUGGCGGUGAGAAAUACAAGGACCACUUCAAACCAGGUAUGUACGUGUGCUCCCAGUGCAGCCACCCCCUGUUCUCCAGCCGCUCCAAGUUUGACCACUCGUCCCCAUGGCCCGCCUUCACCGAGACCAUCCGAGAGGACAGUGUGACCAAACACAUGGAGAGCCUGACCGCCUUCAAGGUUUUAUGUGGAAAAUGUGGCAACGGCCUCGGGCAUGAGUUUCCACUCACUCAAGUUUGUCCCCAACAAAGGGAACAAACAGUAAUGGGCGAGAUGGCGGCCGCACACUUUGGCCUUUGCUGCUGGUCCUGGAACAGAGCACUGGUGGGUCAGGGAGUGAAGUGGGCAGGAUCAAGCCUGAGCGGGACGUCCUGUCAGCUGAAGAGUCUGGCCCCACUGUGA